AUGUACAUGCACACAAUGAUUCUACUUGAUAUUGUGUGGUUUAGUCUGCCACUUCUUGUGGUCCUUGCCUCACCAACCCCUGCUUCGAAUGAUGAGAGAGGCCCCUGUCAAAUCUACAACUCUGGUCGCUCCGCAAACUGCCUUGGUCAGCGACUGGAUCAUGUUCCAUGGAAGCACCUCCCUUCCACGCUUGAAAGUAUAGAUCUCUCCUACAAUGAACUUAAUGCCAUUCGUGUUAAUUACUUUUCUCGCCUACCUCAUCUUCGUGUCCUUGAGCUGCAGUUCAACAACAUCUCUGUGAUUGAGGACCGUGCCUUCCACAACAACCCCCUCCUGGAGCAUCUUAACAUCUUUAACAACUCCCUAGAGGAAAUCCCUGCCAACGCCUUGCAGGACCUCUUUAAUCUAAGGGAACUCCUUAUGUCGAAUAACCUUUACACCCAGGCCACAUUGGCAGCUGACGUUUUCUCCAGAUUGACCCACCUCAAGGCCCUGUCCAUGGGCGGCCCCUUGGUCAAGGGUCUAAGGAAAGGGGACUUCCAGGCAUUGAGGAACAUUCAGUUACAGGAGUUUGCCAUUAAAACUUCAUCCAAUAUCAGUUACUAUGAACCGGGUAGUCUGAAGGUAAUCCAGACAUGGAGAAUGGGUUUUGACAUGGCCAUAGAUCAGAAGCCAAAUUUCCUACCUUUGAUUCUUCGAGACUUGGCCAACAAGACUUUCAGUCUCAUCCAAUUCAGGAACCUCUUUGAGUUCAUGUAUUACAUGGGAGAUGAGGAUAUUUUCAGAGGCUUGCAAGACAUCAAAGUAGAUUCGCUCAUCUUUCACCGUGGAAAAUUCAAUGAGAACCUUAUGAGGAUGGCUCUGUUUAAUCUACAGGUCACCCCCCUUAAACAUCUGACACUUCAAUACAUUGACUUUGCUCGCUCGCCCAACUUUGUGGAUAAUGGCUUGGGCUCCAGUAUCAAAAACCUUGCACUGAGUAGACUCCAUCUGUGGCAUAUCAGUAAUCCAGACAUUUUGCGUUUCGACUGGCGCUUCACAUGGUUCAACAAAGUCCAACUGCUGUCCAUUCAGAAUGUGAACUUCAACUCUGUGCCUUGCGACGCCUGGCUUAAUAUGGAAGGCAUGGAGGUUUUGGACAUCUCAAACAACCGCCUGCAGGACAACAUCCUCUUCAACCAGAGAUGCAACUACAGGGGCACCAUGCCGGCUCUUCGAUCCUUCAAUGUCAGCACCAACCAACUGACCAGCCUUCAGGACUUAGCCUCCCUGACCAAGGAGUUCAAACAGUUGAAGGUCAUGGAUGUUAGCCACAACAUGCUGGGCUCUGCUGAGAAGAGUCACAACUGUAACUGGAUGCAGAACAUCACCCAGGUGAUCGCUCACCACAACCGAUUCGAAAGUGGUGCCCUCCAGUGUCUGCCCACCACAGUACAAUUCCUGGACCUCUCGUACUGUGACCUGGACCAGCUGGACAUGGUAUACUUCCAACAAACCACCAGCCUCAAGGAGCUCCUGCUCAAUGGGAACAAGAUCAAGUUCAUCCCUUCUGGUUGGAGAAGUCACUCCUUGCAGUCACUGGCUCUGGAUGGGAACUCCUUUGGGCUCAUCAGCAUGGGCUCCUUCCAGGACAUGCCCCAGCUGUCUCGACUGACGGCAGGGAACAACCCAUACCACUGCACCUGCGACCUCCACGCCUUCAUCCAGGACACAAUUUCAAAGGGGAAUGUCAACAUCACUGACUGGCCAGAGAACUACAAGUGUUACCAUCCAGAGGCCUUGCUCAAUACCGCUGUGGCAGUUUUCUUCCCGGGUCACGUUGCCUGCGAUGUCAGACUGGUCAUCAUCAUCUCUGUGGCUACUACUGCAGCUGUGGUUUUAGUGUUGAUGCUUAUAUGCUACAUAUUCAAUGUUCCCUGGUACACCAAAGCCACAUAUCAGAUCCUCAGAGCCAAAUACAGGGCUCAUCAGGAAGGAGCCUCUGGAAAAUCACAGAUCUAUGCUUACCACGCCUUCAUCUCCUACAGCCACCCAGAUGCAGACUGGGUCAGGGACCAGUUGUUGCCCUGCUUGGAGAACAGCAAGCCCCCCUACCGACUCUGUAUCCAUGAGAGAGACUUCACGCCAGGAAAGUGGAUCAUUGACAACAUCAUUGAAAAUAUUGAGAGCAGCGAAAAGAUCAUAUUUGUGUUGUCACGCCACUUUGUGAACAGCGAUUGGUGCAACUACGAGCUCUACUUUGCCCAGCAACGAGCCAUCGGCAAGACCUUCAGCGAUGUUAUUCUGGUGGUUAAAGAGCCCAUCGACCCUGAAUCUCUGCCCAGCAAGUAUUGUAAGCUCAAGAAGAUGCUGAACACCAAAACGUACCUAGAGUGGCCCCAGCAAGCCAAGCAACAGACCUUCUUCUGGGCUCAACUUAAGAAUGUCCUGGGCAAGCCCACACUGACUAGAGAGCAGGCUCUUAGUGGUAGGAGCAGCAGUGUAUCCUCAGUGGGCGCUGUGCCUAUGAUAGAGCUCCCUCUAGAGGAUGGGAAGCUGGCGAUAUCUAUGCCAAAGUUAGACAGAAAAGCAGAGCUCCACCAAGUGGUUGGGCAAAGACCAAUCCCUGUAGCUGUGGCAUGAGCCAAAAUAAGCCAAGCAUGUAACUUUUAAUGUGUAUAGUGUCCCAAGACCAAUCUCUCUCUGAAGUGCUGAGCUUGAGUGACUUCUUGGCCAUGCUGUGGCAGAUAAUGUGUUUGCCAAGCUGCUGGUAUCAUUAGCAAGUGUUUCAUAAUGAUGACAGUGGCUAAAAUGAUCUGUCUGCCACCCACCCUUCUGACAUGUACAGUGCCUACUCCCCCUUGAACGCUUCACAUUUUGUUGUGUUACAAAGUGGGAUUGAAAUAGAUGUAAUUGUAUUUUUUUUUGUAAUUGAUCUACACAAAAUACUCCAAAAUGUAAAAGUGAAAAAAAGUUAUAUAAAUGUUUUCAAAUGAAUACAAAUUAAAUAACUAAAAUAUAGUAGUUGCAUAAGUAUUCAUCCC